AUGGUCUUCGACUACGACGAGAAGAAGCUCAGGGGGCAGCCCUCCAAGGCCGUGCGCACGGUGCUCUUCCGGCUCAACAAGGGCCGCGUCGAACACAGCUGGUUCGUGUCGUCGACGAAGGAGGAGCAGGUCAUCCUCCUGCGGGCGUCCGUGCACCGCUUCGCGAAGCUCGCCGACGACCUCGACUGGCCCCUGCCCCUCGACGAGGCCGAGUGCGAGGCGCGCGCGCGGGCCGGCGACGUCGAGCACGGCAUCAAGCCCUUCGCCAUCUUCCACGACCCGGCCGUCACGCACGGCUUCUCGCCCUAUCAAUCGAUUUUUGCCAAGUACGACACGGAGCCCUCCCUGCAGGCCUUGUACGCCGUGCCCCCGGGCGGCCGCCACUGCUUCUCGAACCAGCUCGUGCGCCUGAAGCUGCUCUUCGCGAUGCUCGAGGCGAAGGAGAAGGCGGGCGGCUGCGGGCUCGUCGUGGACAAGAUGCUCCUCGACGGCGACAUGCAGGACUGCUUCCCGCUCCACGACGACGCCGCGCGCCAAGCCGUGCAGCGGCGCUUCUCCAUGUUCCACUUCGACACGUGCGCCGAUCAGACGCGGGGCUACCUCGGCGCGCGCGUGGGCAUGUACCUGGGCUUCGUCGCGCACAAGACGUCCUGGAUGCGCGCGCCGGCGGCCCUGUCCAUGCUCUGCACUUUGGGCCUCUGGGUCGAGGUCAACGUCCUCGACCGCGACCGGCGGCGGUCGCGCGUCAUGCCGAUAUUCGCGUUCUUCAUGUGCCUCUGGGCGUCGACGAUGCUCGAGGCCUGGAAGCGGAAGCAGUUCGCCUACGCGCUGCGCUGGGGCAUGCUCGGCGGCGACGCGGAGGAGCCGGACCGGCCCGAGUUCGUCGGCGUGCCGCGGCCGUCGCUCGUGGACGGCCGGCCGGAGACGUACUUCCCCGCGCUCGAGCGGCGCGCGCGCGAGCGCGUCUCCGCCGCGGUCUUAGUUUCUCUGCAUCCUCCUCCCUCUACAUCCUGA